CGUGGAGUGUCGGCUACUUUGCCGGCUUCGCUUUUCUCCGUUCUCCGUCCUCCCCUCCUCCGCCUGCCCGAUUCAAACCCUAGGAAAUCCCCGCCAUGGGAGGAGGCCGCCGGUGGCCGCUCAAGCUCGUAGUGAAGGGGACAUCCUCCCCUGUACGCCUCGCUGUAGGGAUCGCCGUCGCGGGGCUCGCCUGGAACGCGAGCCCUCGUCCCGCUGUGGCCGCCGACUCCUCUUUCUCCUCUUCCCGUGAGAAGAUUAGCUCUGCCGUAGACGGUGUCAUCCGGUCCUCUCGUGCGAUCUACACGAUCGCCUUCGUCGUGGUGGAUUACAAGUAUUCUUUGCGUAGUUUGCCUCCCGGUUCGAGCGAUUACCGGAUGAAGGUGUCGGAGGUUCAUCUUCGGUCAGCUAAAAGGUUACUAAAGCUAUGUGAAGCUAAUAAAGGGUUCUAUGUGAAAGCUGGCCAAUUUGUUUCCUCUUUGAGACAAGUUCCAAAAGAAUAUACUUCGAUCCUUUCAUCUUUGCAAGAUCAGGCAAUUCCAUGUCACUUCAAAGAUAUUGAAGAUGUGAUAGCCAGCAACUUGGGCAAGGAUUUAUCAGAAAUAUUUUUGGCAUUUGAUGAACAACCUAUUGCUGCUGCAUCAAUUGCUCAAGUACACCAUGGGCUGUUGAAGAAUAAUCAAGAAGUUGCAGUCAAGGUACAGUACCCUGGCUUAGAGCAGAAGAUGAAGAUAGAUAUUACAACUAUGGCUAUCCUGUCAAAGUCAGUCUCUCGGAUUUUCCCGGAUUACAGAUUUGAUAGGAUAAUUGAAGAAUUUGAACGGGCAAUGGCUUUGGAACUUGAUUUUAUUCAAGAGGCAAAGAACUCUGAGAGAGCAGCCAGAUAUUUCAGGAAUAAUAAAAUUGUCAGAAUUCCUGGUGUAUUUUGGGAUUUGACAACAAGCCAGGUUUUAACAAUGCAGUUUUGCAGUGGACACAAGGUUGAUGAUGUUGAGUUCAUGAGGGAUUCAAAUAUAAAUCCACGAGAGGUUGCAAAAUCUUUAAUGGAUAUCUUUGCUCAGAUGAUAUUUGUUCAUGGUUUUGUGCAUGGAGAUCCCCAUCCUGGAAAUAUACUGGUUUCUCGAGAAGGUCGUACUGGUUUCUCAAUUGUGCUCUUAGAUCAUGGGAUAUACAGAGAAUUGGAUGAGAGGUUUAGAUCGGAUUACUGUGAACUAUGGAAAGCUCUAAUUCUGUUGGACUCAAAGAAAAUACAGCUUCUAGGCAAAAAGUUUGGCGUUGGCAAGUACUCAAAGUACUUCCCGGUUAUUUUUACGGGGAGAACCAUGGAAAGCAAAUCAGCUCUUGGAACACAAUUGUCUAAUGAAGAGAGAAGACUUUUGAAGCAAGAACUACGCUCGCUGAAGAUGGAUGAUAUCUCAGCAUUCAUGGAAUGUUUGCCUUCUGACUUCUUUCCUAUCCUUCGAACAGAUGGAUUAUUGAGGUCCAUUCUUGGAAAAUUGGGUGCACCAAGACAUGUUCGGCUUCUUGCAUAUGCUAAAUAUGCUUUAUAUGGCCUUGAAACACAUGAAAAUCUUGACCAUGGUUUAACAGCCAGUUCCGUACUCUGUGCAUUCAGAGCUAAUAUAAGCUAUUUUUGGUUGAGGAUACUUCUUGAAUUCCUGACCUUGGUUUCUCAAAUAGAAGAUGCAAGGCGUUCACUUGCAAAUAAAUUGAAGAGGAUACUGCAUAAAGUGGUCCGGUUCUUUUAUCAAAGCUCUUUUUUCUUGGUUUAGCGUGAUGUGUUGCAGAAAAGAACAAGUCAGCACUGAGGGGUAUAACCUUGAAAUUCCUGGUCUUUUUUUUUUGUGAGACUACCUCAUCAAUUUAUUACCCACCAUCAUGGAGGAAUAUUAGUUCUGUCACAACUAUAGUCAAGAAUAAAGAUACCUUGUAUUUUCUAUCAAUGCAAUGGAAAAUAUACAACGUUAAGCCCA